AUGACUUGCCCCAUGUUCAUGCUAUUAAGACUCGACCACAAGCCCCUGACUAUAAGCCCCAACCACAAACCUCCGACCACAAACCCCCGCCCACAAGCCCCCGACCACAAACCCCCGACCACAAGCCCCCCGACCACAAGUCCCCCGACCACAAGCCCCCGACCACAAACCACCGACCACAAGCCCUUGACCAUAAGCCCCCGGUACAAGCCCCGACCACAAGCCCUUGACCACAAACCCCCAACCACAAGCCCCCCUACCACAAACCCCCGACCACAAACCCCGACCACAAGUCCCCGACACAAACCCCUGACCAUAAGCCCCCGACACAAACCCCCGAUCACAAGCCCCUGA